AUGGGAUUAUUCACUUCAUUAUUAUCGAUUGGUGUAGAUGCAGCUAUUGUAUCAACAGGUCUUGCUGGUAUUCGUCGUUACACUGGAUUCUCUGUACGAGGUGUUGCAAAUAUGAUCAAAAAUGAAAAAAUAAAGAAUGCAGCAGUCGUCUAUUUAAACUCUGGUGAAUAUAUCUUUGAUAAAUCAGUUGAUAUUGUAAACUCUUACAUUUCCGAUUCAAAGAAGAAUGAACCAUCGGAAUCGACACCUUCAACAACAACAACAACAACAGAGCCAUACAAGAAAGCAUACAAGUUAGAUCCACAAAAUAAAUCAAAAGAAGAUCAUUCCAUUAAAGUAGAAUAA